AUGGAUGUGAGGACCGCUUUUCUUCAAGGAGAUCUAACAGAUGAGAUAUAUAUGAAGCAACCUCGAAGCAAAGAAAAUCCUGAUCACGUGUGUAAACUAAAGAAAAGUCUCUAUGGAUUAAAACAUUCCGCUAGAUGUUGGAACUCUACAUUAGAUAGUUUCCUGAAAUCCAGUGGUUACAAGCAAGUUGGCGCUGAUUCAUGCCUGUACAUGAAGUCUGUUAAGCUGCAGAAUGGCAAAAUCAAUUUUGUUAUCUUAUCAAUCCAUGUAGACGACAUCUUAUGGUUCUCGAACGACGUGAUUAUGUUAGAGGAAGAGAAGGUUGCAAUUGGCACUAAGUUCAAAGUGGAAAAUUUGGGCGAAGUUAGUCAUAUCCUGGGAAUGUUGAUCAAACGCGACCGAUACUCAAGAACACUAACCAUAAUCCAAGUACUUGGAAGGUGCCUUGAAGAGAUUCAAUAUGGAAGAGUGCAAACCUGUAUCUACACCUCUUGAACCCGGAAAACAAUUCCACGAGUUAUCCGAUAAUGAAAGACCAGCAAUCAUUCAUGAAUAUCAGAAGAUUAUUGGUUGUUUAACUUACGUUACAAGGGCAACACGACCUGAUCUACUGUAGCUGCAGCAGUUGGCAUUUUGUCGAAGUACAUGACCAAACCUAGCCAAGAACAUUGGAAAGGUGUAAAACGAAUUUUGAGAUAUAUUAAAGGAACACUAAACUUUGGUAUUACCUUUCAAGCUAAAGACCAAACGUGUAUCUUAACUGGGUAUUCCGGCCGACGCUGACUGGGCAAACGACACUGAAACAAGACGUUCCACGUCCGGAUAUGUGUUUCAGAUUAGCGGAUGCACAAUUAGUUGGUGCAGCAAGAAACAGUCUUGUGUGUCUAGAUCGUCCACGGAAGCUGAAUACAUGGCAUUAAGUCUUGCAACUCAGGAGGCUAUUUGGCUAAGACGAUUACUAGAAAAUAUCGGAGUCAAGCAGAAGGAAUCUACAGUAAUGUGCGAGGACAACCAAGCAGCAAUCCAAUUAUCGAGAAACCCGAAGUUCCACAACCGCACGAAAAAUAUAUCGAUGUAG